AUGAGUAAACAUCUAAAAACUCACGCACCAUUUCCUGCUUUCCUUGUGUUUUUCCUCGUAUUAUUGUUGCUACUAAGCAGCGUUAAGUCAGAAUCACUUUCAUUCAACUUCCCAAAUUUUGGGCAAGCACAAGACUUGGGAAGUUUGCGUUUUCUUGGCGAUGCACGUCCAUUAAGUGGUGUAAUACAAUUAACAAGAAGAGAUGAAAUAAACGGUACUGUUACUGUUCAACUAAAGAGUGUUGGUCGAGUAGUCUAUAUUCCACGCGUGCAUCUCUGGGACAAGAGCACAGGAAAGCAUGCAAACUUUGAAACAGAGUUCACUUUCGUGGUAGAUUCAGCUGGUUCACAAAUUCAUGCUGAUGGGUUGUCCUUCUUUAUCAUACCAUCCAAUGAUGAUCCUAUAAUACCAAAAAAUUCAUUCGGGGGAUUCCUUGGACUAUUCAAUCCUGAAAUUGCUUUCAACGAAGCGAAAAACCAAAUUGUGGCUAUUGAAUUUGACAGCUUUGGAAAUGAAUGGGAUCCCAUUCCUACAGCCAUUGCUCCUCAUAUUGGAAUUGACAUAAACUCUAUUGAAUCAAAGGAGCAUAAAGAUUGGCCUAUUAAUUCUGUUCCGGAAAGAUCAAUUGCAAAAGCUAUUAUUAGCUACAACUCUAAUGCAAAGGAAUUGAGAGCCUCAGUAUCAUAUCCUAAUAUUCAAAUUCAACCAACCGUCGUCUCACAAAACAUUGAUUUGAGUGUUAUUCUACCGGAAUGGGUUAGAAUUGGUUUCUCAGGUGCCACUGGUCUAGUGGUUGAAACACAUGACAUUCUUUCCUGGUCUUUCAAUUCACUAAUCUAG